CGGUAAAUGCCCGUCUCUCUCUCUCUCUCUUCUGCCAUUGUCUUCCUCCUUGAAAGCGGCUCUUCUCCAGCUUCGCCCCACGCUCUGGUACCAGAUCGGGAGCUUUUAAGGGUCUAUUAGGGUUUCUACGCCUCUACAUGCCGCCUGGUUAGUUGAUUCGGUGCCCAUUUUUUUUGGAUUUUGGUUGUGAUUUGAAAGUUGCGUGGCUACAUGUUCGUUUUCUCGGGAAGUCUCUCUGGAUGUGCGCGUGUUUUUUUGUCUGUUUCGAAGAGGUUGCGUCGAUUUUGAGCUGCGUCGGGCCUCGCGGUGGGUGGGUCUUUGUGCACAGGACACAAGGUCGGGGAUUGCUGCCUCGGAAACCCUAGUGUAGUCUGCAGUCUGAGCUAGUGAGAUGGUUUCUAUUUCCCUUUCUUGUGUGGGCUCCGGAGGCUUUUGAUCUCGCCGUGCAUUUUGGAGAUUGCAUUCGCUCAGGGGCGAGUGGAGAAUAGCCUUGAGAUUGUGGCUGGAAAGGUCCAACCUUUGUUUAGAUUUUGGUUUGGGAAUUGUAGUGCUUUGAGCAAAAUUGGAGCUAGGGUGUUUUACUGUGACACAAAUUGGAUUUUUUUGGCGACAUGUCAGGAGCUCCAAAGGUCCGUUCCAUCAAUGUGGCUGAUUCUGAGGCGAGACCUGUCCUAGUGCCUGGCGGAAACCAGGCAAGGUCUGUGGCAGCUGCUCAAAAGCCAGCUUCGAAGCCUUUGAAUAAAACUGAGAACCCAGAGGCUGCUGCUACUGCUGCUGAGAAUAAGAAGAAGAAGAAGGAUACAAGUCCAACUGCUAAUCUGCCACCUGUUCGUUCUAGUCUAAGCGCUCCCUCAGCUCUUAGGAGGCACGAUUGGCUUUUACAAUCAAGUUUAUCGAUGAAUGCUUCUUGCUCCUCAGAUGCGUCGACAGAUUCAUUCUGCAGCCGAGCCUCCACCGGAAGGAUUGGUAGGACAAACUUGAUGAGCAAGCGGAGACAGAGCAUUCCUACUGUAAGUAAGAUUGUGGCUAAGGCCGAGAAGAAUGUUCCAGAUGAUGCAGUCAUGUCUAUACCGGAACUUGUGCAUGGAAAGAGAAAGUGUGCUUGGGUGACAACCAAUACAGAAUCAUGUUAUGCUCAAUUCCAUGAUGAAGAAUGGGGAAUUCCUGUUCAUGAUGACAAGAAAUUAUUUGAGCUUCUUGUACUCUCUGGUGCUCUAGCUGAGUUUACAUGGCCGGCUAUCCUCACCAAAAGGCAGAUAUUUAGGGAUGUUUUCUUGGAAUUCGAUCCUGUUGCAGUUUCCAAGUUGAAUGAGAAGAAGAUUGUUGCACCUGGAAGCAGUGGUAGCUCCCUUUUGUCGGAACCAAAGUUGCGAGCUAUCAUUGAGAAUGCACGCCAAAUACUCAAGAUAAUCGAUGAGUUUGGAUCAUUUGAUAAAUACUGCUGGAGCUUUGUUAACUACAAACCUAUCAUCAGCAGAUUCCGCUACCCUCGUCAGGUGCCCGCUAAGACUCCAAAAGCAGAUGUCAUAAGCAAAGAUAUGGUUCGGCGAGGCCUUCGCAGCGUGGGCCCAACUGUCGUAUACUCCUUCAUGCAGGCUGCUGGACUGACAAAUGAUCACCUCAUUCGCUGCUUCCGGUUUGAGGAGUGCAUAACAGCUGCUUCCCCUAGUCCAAACGAAGUCCACGAAGCUACGGUACCGGUUAACCUCAAAGCCAAAGAGAACUUACUAGAUCAGGGACUGAUGGAACAAAUUGAUUCGGAAUUGUCAAGAGCCGUGGAGGAGAUGAAUAUUUCCUAGCUCUUUUUGUAAGGGAAAAUGCCAUAAUUCUGAACACCUGUGAUUCCGCUCACUUCUCAUGAAUACAACAACCUAUGUAAAAAAUUGUCUGAGAUUUAUGCUUCUCGUUUGCAAGCUUUUUCUUGUGCCGGUGGAUUAGAGUAGGAAACCUUUCUUUAGCAAUGUGGGUGCCUACAAGUUGGUGGAAUUUAAAAUGAUUGCAAAAGUUGUCAAUUCUCAAGCCUAAAUCCAUCUCAUUAGCAGGUAUAUGUCUGAUUUCAAUCAUUGGAAGUGGGAGUGGAUGUGAUGAUUACUUGAAUACUUUGCUCUGAACUUGUUAUCAAUACAAAAGGGAUUUGUUUAGUGGAGUGUAAGUAUAACACAAUUCUGGAAUGUGUACUUGGCGAUGAGACUC